GUCGCUUUGGGAUCGAUCUUUUUAUUUAAUAUUUAUAUCGGCAAAUCAAAGCUUGCGAAUGCUAUUUUAAUAGCUCUGAUGCCAGCACGAGCAGGGAUCGGUUCUGGCGUGAAAUACAAUAACCACAGCAUUAGGAACUAUUUUCAUCGCGUCCGUGCAAAUACUUUAAAGGAUUUCGGAAAAACAAAUGGAGUAUGCAAUUCGAACAAUAAUAUUAUCAAGCAAAAUGUCAUAUCAUUCACAAAACAUAACAAGCAAUUUUUAGAACAAGCAUUACAAGGUUUUGAACUGGACGAUGUAACAAUCAAUUGA